GAGAGAAACUCACCUGGAGACGUCACCUGGAUUGGCAGCGAUUGGUUUCCAGUUUUGGACGAUUUGGUGAGGGAUAGUAAUCGGAGAGAAGGGGAAAGUCAGUGAGAACGAGGAGGUGGAAUCGAGAGGCAACAGGCACAACGCGUUUUGGAAAUUGACUUGCAACUCAAUGGGGAGUUAUGUCCUGUCGUUUCUGGGGAUAGUCACCCUCCUCCUGCUCCAGGUUUGGAGCGGCGAGGCAUCGACUCGAUGUAAAGGGUUCGACCCAAAGAGGUACACUUUCAGGGUGCCGUCAGUGGAGGUGGGACAAGUUCUGGGCAGAGUUCACUUUGACUGCAGUGAACAGGAUGAUGUGACUUUUGAAACGGAUGAUCCCCGCUUCAAAAUACAUAACGAUGGAAGAGUUUCCGUUAAAAAUGCAAUGUCCCCACAAAACCAAACAAGUUUUCUUGUUACGGCAUGUAAUAAGGCUAAGGAAAAAUGGGAUGCUGCCAUUACUGUCCUAAUAAAUGGAGAAAAGCCAAAAAUCUCUGCUGAUGAUAAUUCCGGGAAAGUCCUGAUUAUGCGGUCUCAACAUUCGUCGGGCUCUUCCCUGAGAAGGAAGAAGAGAGAAUGGACGAUUCCUACUAUCAAUUUUCCAGAAAAUGAGAGAGGAGAAUAUCCCAAAUUUGUUAUACAGAUAAAGUCCAGUUGGCAAAAAGAAAUUCCUGUGCAAUAUUUUAUCAAGGGACCUGGUGCUGAUGAGCCACCUCUGGGCUUAUUUACUAUAAGGAAGGAAGAUGGUUCAAUUUAUGUGCAUUCACCUCUAGAUAGAGAACAAAAAGAUUCGUAUAAAGUUAUGGAAGCAGGUUAUGAAAUUGAAGAAGUAACUGCUGGCUCCAUAGAAGGUUGGCUGAAGCUGACUCAUAGUGACGUUAAAUAG